AUGGCGGACUCCCAGGAAGGAGAAGAACAUCAACAACAACCACAACAACCACAAGAACCCACGUCCUCAAAGCUGCACCGGCCCGUCAAGGCCUUUCUCAAGGAAAUUGGCCUGGUCACCCUCUACCACUCCCCCCUCGACACCAAAAUCCUGAUCUUGCAGCGCUUCGUCCGCCUCUUCGCCUACGGUGGCUCAACGUUAAUCCUCGCCUCCUACCUCUCCGACCUGGGCAACCCAGAUGCCCGGAUCGGCCUGUUCAUGACCUUGACCCUGAUCGGGGACGUGUUUAUCAGUUUCCUGUUGACCCUAGUCGCUGACCAAUUGGGACGGAGAUGGAUUCUUGUUCUGGGCGCUGCGUUAAUGUCGGCCAGCGGCGUCGUGUUUGCCUUGAGUGGGAACUAUUGGGUUCUCCUGGCCGGCGCUAUUCUGGGCGUGAUCAGUCCUGCAGGCAAUGAGAUUGGGCCCUUCCGCGCCAUCGAGGAGUCCACCAUCGCCCACCUGACCGCCAGUGCCGACCGCAGCGACAUCUACGCGUGGUACUCCCUCAUCGGGACUGCUGGGACAGCAUUGGGCUUCAUUGGGUGCGGCUGGAUCAUCACGUUGCUUCAGCAGGAAAAGCACUACGACUCUGUCCAGGCGUAUCGCAUCAUUUUCUUCAUCUACGCGGUUGUCGGGGUUGUCAAGCUGUGUCUGGCCCUUCUGCUCAGUAAGGAUUGCGAGGUUGAUGCUCAGCCCAAGUCCGCCAACGCCACCGAGACGGCCCCCCUGUUGGGCAAUGACCGAGGCGCACAGAACAAGGACGAUGAUAUCAAGAAGCAGCGGCGGUGGAGACUCCUCCCCGAUAUCAGCAAAGAGAGCAAAGUGGUCUUGGUGCAAUUGUGUGUCUUAUUUGCCUUUGACAACUUUGCUUCCGGACUGGCGCCAUUAUCUUGGGUGACGUACUUUUUCAAGCGCAAGUUCAACCUGCCCGAAGGCAAACUCGGGUCAAUAUUCUCCGUCACGGGGAUCAUCUCUGCCCUUUCCAUGCUUGUGGCAUCUUCGAUCUCCAAGCGGAUAGGAAACGUCAAGACCAUGGUCUUCACCCACCUGCCCUCGGCGAUCUGCCUCGCCCUGAUCCCCAUCCCCUCCACACUGCCGGGGGCGCUCGUCUUCCUCAUCGGCCGCGCGUGCACCCAAGUCAUGGACGUGGCCCCGCGGUCCGCGUUCCUCGCGGCCAUCGUGCUGCCCCACGAACGCACCGCCGUCAUGGGCACCAUCAACGUCGUCAAGACGUGCGCGCAGAGCAUGGGCCCCCUCAUCACCGGCGUCCUCGGAACCAAGAACCACUUCUGGGUGGCGUUUGUCGCGGCGGGGUCCCUGAAGGCCACGUACGAUCUGGGAUUGCUGGCCCUGUUCGCCGAGCGGAAGAGUCGAGAGGAGAGGGUGGAGGAGAGGAGGAGGGACGAGGAGGGGGGAGGAGGAGCGUCGAGCGCACGAUGA